AUGAAAACGAAAAGGGUCUCGUUCCUAGCUAUCUGCGCAUGGUUCCUUAUCGAGACGUUUUCCUCUGUGCGAAGGAAAAGAAUUCCCAGCACCAGAUAUUAUCCAAAAGACAAACGCACACGUGACUUUAAAAUCGUUCCAAGGAGAAAUAAAUUUCUGAAGAUAAAAUGUUCAGACGAGUGUUCGUGUCCUCAGAAUAGACGGCUUCCCUACCUUUUUCUCAAAGGACAUGUCAUUACUUGUGUGCAGUUAGGGAGAGCACGAAAGCGGCCUCAACCUAAUAGUGAUGCAUCGCCCCGGGGCAACUGUGCUGGAGGAAGCGUUCGGGGCAUAAAGUUGUGCGUGAGGAGGAGGAAAAAUGUAGGCAAUAGCUAUGAACAACCGGAAAGCACAGAAAAGGAUGAAGUGGUAAAGGCAAAAGUAAAGACACGUCGGGGAAGGAAAAAAAGGGAGCAAAACUUCCCCAUGGUGAAUGAAACUGGUGGUGCAGCGGGUGAGGACACAUCCACCUGUGAAGGGGCAGCAGAGGGGGAGGAGAAAGUAAGGGCGACUAAAGGGAAAGCAAAGGGGGGAAGGAAAAAAGGCGAAAAAAAGAACGCAAAAAAGGGUACCAAAGAAGUCGCAAAAAAGAGUACCAAAGAGGUUGCAAAAAGGGGUGCCAGAAAGACCGCUAAAGGGGGCACAAAAGGAGAUACACCGCUGGGAGAACCUCUUCACCGAACCGCCACCCUGGGGGAAUCCAGUGAAGACCAGUUUGACGACAAUGAGGCGGCCGAAUAUUUUGAGGAAGAGUUUGCCAUGGAAGACGAAAAGGGGGAAAUCGCAGCGCGGGGGAAUGGAGCACGCAAGAGGGGAAGUCAAAAGGAGGGCAAAUCAAUUGGCAAGAAAGGGGAAGGAACAGAGGACACUUCACAAGACGAUAUGUCCCCAAAACAGCAGGAGGAUCCCGUUGCCGAGCAGGAAAAACUGCAGAGGGAACGCAAAAUCGAUUUCAUCAAAAGGGUAGAGUUUAUGCUCCAGGAAGACGAAAAAAAUGAAAAGCUUUACGAAGAGAGAGAAAACAUUGAAAAGUUGCGAUUCGGAGAAAAGCCACCCCCAGGAAGCCAAGAGUUCAUGGAAAUCAUUUUAAAAAAUGUACACACAGAGAAGAAGCCGAGCGAUGUACCAAAUUCGUCAACUCAACAGGAGAAAUACGAUCUGAGGAAAAAACACCUUUUUUACGAACUGCUCCGAAUUAGCAACUCCAACAGUUUCUACACACAUAAAAUAUACACCCACGCCGAUUUGAUAUAUGGAAUGAAGUACAGAAAGUUAGGCGACAGCAACCUGUGUGUAAGUGAACUUUGUCUAGGAACCAACAUGUACGAAAAUGAGAACUUCAUCAGCAAAGACGAUGUUAAUGUGCUGCUGAACAUGGCCUUCUACGAAUAUGGAAUAAACUUUUUUGAUAUCUGUGAGUAUGACCCAUUUCCACAUGACCCCAUCAGCUACAAAAAGGGGAAAAAUAAAAACAUGAAUUUAUUCCUCAAAGAUAAGAAAAGAGAAAACAUCAUCAUAAAUUUACGAAUGUGUUCCUCAAGAAAUGUGGAUAAAAUUACUAAUGGAGAAUAUUACCUAAGUUGGAUUAUGGAAGAUCUCAAAGAUGACACGCCUACCUUUUACAACAUAGAAGAAAGGCUAGAUAAAAUUCUAAAAAAUUUAAAUACCAAUUAUGUGGACAUUUUAACCAUUGAUAUGCCUGAACGGUACAUACCAAAUGGAGCAAAGGGGGAGGACACCUACGUAUGGGGAUUUGAAAUUUUGAAUUCCUCACAGGAUAUGGAAAAUGGAAAAAAUAUAAUGUCGAUAGAAGAGCAGUUUGAAAUUUUGGAGAAGUUAAUUCUCAAAGGGAAGGUCAGACAUAUUGCUGUUUCGAACGAAUCUGUUUGGGGAAUAUACCAAUGGUGUAGUUUGGCCAAAAAAAAAAAAAAAAAAUUUAUGAAAAUUGUGUGUGCACAGAAUUUGUACAAUUUGUUACACAGAAAUGAGGUGGAGUCAUCUGGUCUUGUAGAAAUGAUAUUGCGAGAAAAUUUUAAUGUACCGCUUGUUCCUUAUGGGUUGUUAGCUGGGGGAAUACUAACAGGGAAGUAUUUAGACCCUGAGAGGUAUCACACUAUGGGCCCGGAUACCGUCCUGGGGGAUGAGCAGCUCGAUCACGAUCUUGAUGACUCUAAAGGGAACAAAGCCGAGGAUUACGGAUAUUUAUCAUACGGUCCAAGGAAUGGCCGAUGCAAUAAGUACCCCUAUCUCUACAAAUCACACAGAUGUGUGUGGGCUCAAGACGCCACAGCCGAAUACAUGAAGUUAGCAAGAUCACAUGGCAUGUCCCUAGCCCAGCUAAGCUUAAGCUUCGUUUAUAGUAGACCAUUUGUUGCUUCCUCUAUAAUUGGCCCCAGAACCAUAGGCCAAUUAAAGGAUUCUGUCCUGGCGCUGAACUAUCCCCUAUAUCAACACACAGAGUGGGAUUUGCACGAAAUUUUCCUACGGUAUAGAGGAUGCACUAUGGAUGGAAAUACAAUUCUUAAUAGUCUUAAGGAUCCAAACAAAACUAGCCAAACGGCUUUUUAUAAAAGUGCAAACAUCCCUAUACUGAGUGGAGGGACCCAUUGGAAUAAUUACCCUCUCCCAUUUUUGAACAAAAGGUAUGAGUACAUUGAUAUGAAAGAAGAACACGAUCGCAUAAAAUCCACUUUUGGAUUAAACGACGAACCAAAUGAUUCAAAUUUUAUCAGUUCCCGUAUAUGGGUAGAAAGGGAAAAAAAAAAAGGAGAAUACUUUGCCCUAAAAGAAAGCAAACUGUUCGAGUGGGACAAGUACAAAAUAUACAAAGGAGUAAUGACGAAAUUAAGUAACAAAGAAAAGUACCUCUAUGAUACCUCCGACUUUCAUUUUUACUUUAAGGGUAAUAACAUUUCGGUAGUCCCUACCGAUGAGGAAAUUUCGAGCUUUUAUGAAAACAGGGAAAAAAUGAAAAAGGUCAUCAGCCAAACCAUAAAUGACUCCCAAGAGCUGUAUCAAUAUCAAGAACAGUUGGGGCAGGAAAUGCCAGACAUUUUUAACAACCUUAACAUUGACCUAAUUUAUAAACAGCUGUUGAACAGACACAACAUUAACCCUUUGGAUAAAGACGAACUGAAUUCCAUAUACGAGUACAUCAAGCUUACUCCUGCGGAGUUAAAGACGGAAGAUUUCUGGUACAUCUACAAGUACAACCCGCUCGACACGUCCUUUGCCUUCCGCACGGGAACCGAGCCGUGA